UGGGAAUAUUUUUACUUUCAGAAAUAGGGAGGUACGACGGGAACUUUGACUCUGGGGUUUGAAGUUUGAUACCAACUUCUUGUCCGUCUCGAGAAGGAUCUUGAAAGGAGUAAGAAUUUUUCAAGGAAGAACAGUGUUUGACUCCCAUCCACAGUUUGCAGAUUGGUCGAGAGAGACCAGAAGUGGACCCUUACUCAAUGUGAAGUCACUAGAUCAUUGGCUAAUACUCUAUCCUACGAGAAAUUAUGGAGCGGCUUCAUCCUUAGUACAGAGUCUACGGAAAGUCACACCCACCAUGGGCAUAGCUAUGAGAGAGGCAAAAAUGCUUGAAGUAAGUGAUACAGUCCAGUCCUAUACAACUGUCUUAGAAAAUCAUGUUUCCUCCAAAACACAGAUGGUCCUUUGCGUGCUGUCCAGUGAAAAGAAAGACCUGUAUGAUGGCAUAAAACAAUACCUGUGUGUCAAUUGUCUGACCCCAAGCCAGUGUGUCGUGGCACGGACCUUAGACAAACCCCAGACGCUGAUGACCAUUGUGACAAAGAUUGCCCAGCAGAUGAACUGCAAGAUGGGAGGAGCCCUCCGGAAGGUGGAGACAGGAUUACAGAAUGCGAUGUUCAUUAGUAUUGACUGUUUCCAUGAUAUUGUAAAUCGGCGGAAGUCAGUUGCAGGCUUCGUGUCCAGCAUCAAUCAAGAAUUGACGCAGUGGUUCUCUCAGUGCAUUUUCCAGGAGUCGGGUCAAGAGCUUGUGAACGGGCUUAAAACCUGCUUGGAAGGAUCUGCUAUGGAAACAACACAACCAGAACCUAGCAGAAAACCUGGGGACACCUGCCCAGGAAUGCAGAUUAGACUAUUAAACAUCUGCUGCAGCUUACAAGUAGAACUAUCACUCGAACCAUCAAAAGGAUCUGCUGUGAACAUAACACAACCAGAACCCAGAGGACAACCUGGGGACACCUGCCCUGCAACACAAACAAAAAUUCUUCCCAUCUUCCGUUACAGAAAAGUUCAGCCAACGGAUCAGAGCCCAGAGGGAGCUGUGGUGGAAACAAAUAAACAAAAAUUGAGUGGACAACCUGGAGACACCAGCCCUGAAAAACGGCUGAAAAUAUUCACAAUAUACCGCAGCAAGGAACUUGACUCAUCAUCAGAUAUCCGAGAGGGCUCUUCUAACAACGAAAUGUCAACUGCUCUACCAAUGUCUAUUAAUGUCCUUGGAUCUGUUGUGGAAACAACACGAGAAACAUGUGGACAAGUUUUCGACACCUAUCCUGUAAAACAAUCGAAAUUAUUGAACAUCUUCCGUCGUAGAAAAUUUCAAGAACCAUAGGAGAUAUCAGAAGGAAACCAGAUGGAACAUCAUGUUUGAGACCAUGGUGCCCAAAGGAAGUGAAAGGAUACCUGGAGGAAGUUGUUUGUCCUGAAGGAUGUGUCUCUCCAGUCCAUUCAGGAUGGUGACUACAACAUUCCCCAGCCAAGCAGGAGACACCGUUGAUGAGGGAAAGUACCCCAUCACUGUCUUUAUAAGCAGCUUUGGUGUCGCCAAUGGUAAACAUCCUCUCAGAUAAGCUAAUGCAUGGCAAGAGGCAAGCACUCAGCACCCUUGCCACCAGGAAGAUUAUGUAUUUCAUCCCAAAUGGACGCUGUCUGAUGUUCAUCAGAAUUUGUGUGGAAAGCAACCGAGAAAGCAACAUUCGUUCCUCAAAGAUACUGAGCUCACCUUGACAGCAUUAACUUGCACUUCUCCUCUGAUGUUCUGGAAUACUCUCAUGAUGAAGGUAUUAUAAAGUGCUUCUAGAAGGACACAGAGUACCCGUCAGCACAUUGGUCAUGCUGCUCAAGAAUAAUUCAGGUAGUGGUGCCUGAGUUGUUCAGUCAGCUAAGAGUCUGCCUUUGGUUCAGGUCACGGUGUCUGGGACCUGAAAUGGAGCCUGAUGUGGGGCUCCCUGCUCAGCAAAGGGUGUGUUUCUUUCUCUCCCUCUGCCCCUCUUGCCUCUUCUGCCCUCUCUCUCUCAAAUACAUAAAUAAUUUCUUGAAGAAAAUAAAAGGCUAAUUUGGGGACUGUCGAUCAGUAUGAAUGAAGGCUAGUGAACAUGAUGGCAUUUGGUAACUAAGCAUGGGCUGAGCUACCACUGUUGGGCCAUUCACGGGGUUAGGGCUGGAAAAUAUGGUGUGUUAGGAGUUUAUUUUGGAGAAUGAUGAGAGAAGCCAUGGUGCAGUGUCAGUGGGACAAUGUUGGGGGAAAACUCUCUUAUUCUUUCUCUCUCCUUCUCCCUUUCUCUGUAUUUCUGUGUCCAUAGCUGUCUCUCAUUCUCUCUCUCUCUCUCUCUCUCUCUCUCUCUCUCUCAAUUCUCUCUCUGUGUCACACACAUGCACACACAACUCUGUCACACUCAUAGGUUUAAACAAGUCACUCCACCCUAAGAGUCAUGCACUCACAACCAUACCAAACAGUGAACACACCGGCUCCUAGUAUUGUAGAAAUGUAGGCAUGUUUUCUCACCUGGGAAAGCUGCCUAUCUCACACCCCCAAGCCUCAGGAACAUGGAACCGGGUGGCUGUCCAGAAGAGAACAGCAGGUUGCUGCAUCUGCCGUACUAUUUAGAUUUUUUUUUUUUUUCUGCAAGAGAGUGGUUCCAGAAUACGUACCACUUUCGCUGGUUUCUGAGAUGUCUGCACUUACACAAAAGAGUAAACCAUGAGGGUCAGGUCAUGUGUGUCCUUUGUCAUUGGUUCUCCUAGUGAGUAUUCAACACCACAUGAGCAACAAUAGUAAAACGAUAGGCCUCCAAAGGAAGCACAGGUUGCACCCAUGAAAAAGCAGGAGCUAUUCCUGGGGGAUGGAUCUCUCCUUCACUGAAGGAGCCACACGAAAUUCUUGAGGAAAAACUGCAUGUGAGAGAAAGGUCCCUUACUACACAGUUUAAAACAUCCCCUCCAAACCCCACGAAAAUGGUCCUUACUCCUAAAAAAUACACUGUUCCUUGUCAUAUCUGAAUUCGCUCCAAAAAGAGGAAAAAAGGACCAUUUCUAAUUCAGGAAAAUGGGUGAGCAUUCCAUAGAAGAAGUUGGAAACUCAUUCACUGACUUUUUUGUGGAAAAACUCCUGCACCACACACUUGGCAAGAUUUAGGAGGACACAAAAUAACUGUCAAUGCAUUCAUUGGAUGUGGUGCUCAGGAAUUACUGAGCGAUCACUGUUUAUAUGGAUACAGGGCAAGACUAUUGUAGUGAGUGAUCAAUAAGUAUCAUAUGAGGGUCUGGGGUCCAUCCUCCUUGGUGGAUGAGGAAAACCUUCAGCUCAGGCCAAGGCCCCAGUGUCCUGCAAUCCAUCCCCUCCUUGGGGCCUUGUUCAGCCCAGAAUGUGCUUCUCCCUUUCCCUCUGCCUUUCUCCCUUGCUUAUGCUCUCUCUCUCUCUCUCUCUCUGAAAUAAAUAAAAUCUUCCCCAGAAAGUCAACAGCAACUUCAAGUAGCCUGACAUAAUCAGGGCACAAAUAGAACUGAUCUGCACAUAGAUUCCAAUGAUGACUUCCCAUCGCUCAUGCAGCUUGUUGUGAAACCCAACUAAAAACUCCCACCUUCUGGACAUCUGGCAAAAUCAUUUCUGUCUCUGUAGGUCCACAUAUGCUGUCCUCUCUUUUGUAAGUUUUUCAACCUGAUUUUACCCCUUUUCUUGGUAGGUUUGAUUCAAUGCUAGACAAUUAUUCUCUUUUGUUCUAUUUAGUCUAGUGCUCUAUUUUAUUUAUUCACUAACAGGUUUUUUUUUUAAGGUUUAUGUAUUCAUGAGAGACAUAGAGGCAGAGACAUAGGCAGAGGGUGAAUCAGGCUCCCUGUGGGGAACCCGAUGCAGAACUCGAUCCCAGGCCCAUGGGACCAUAACCUGAGCCAAAGGCAGACGCUCAACCACUGAGCCACCCAGGUGCACCGGUAAUCAGUUUGGUGAAAAUAUUCCAUCCGGGAGAGGUUUAAAUACUCAAAGUAUACCAUUUACCAAUAGCCAUAGCUGUGAAGCAGAGUAGGAGGGACAGGUUUCUCAUUAUGCAUUAAAAAAAUCACGGAGAUCAAACGUACAGCAUAGGGAAUAUGAUCAGUGGAAUUGUAAUAGUGCUCUAUGGGGACACAUGGUAUCUACACUUGUGAUGAGCACAGUAUUACCCUAUACAAGUAUCGAAUCCAUAUGUGGUACACCUGAGACUAAUGUAACCUUGUGUACCAUCUCGAUUUCAAUUUAAAAAAACAGUAGUAAUGUGGGCACAAGGCUCAUUCCUUUAGUUGGGCAUCUACUUUGGGCUCAUAUCAUGAUCCCAGGGUCCUUGGAUACAUAAUAUUAUGUAUUUGUCAAAACAGUCAGAUGCAUAACACAGAGCAGUCCUUAAUAUAUGUGGUCAACUUCAUUGAUAAUAAUGUCUCUACACUGGUUUGUUCUUUGUGAUAAAAAUUCCACACUAAUGCAGGCAUGUAUGAUCGUGGAAAAUAUGUGCCAAGGGAUAGGGUGAUAUGGAAAUUUUUAUAUUAUAUGCUGCCUUAUGACACCAGUCUAAUCCUAAUCUCAAUAAUAAGGUCUCCUUAUUAAAACAUAAUCAGUGAUUUUAUGUUGUUAAUACUGUACACAGACUAGUGUCCAAAUGUUAGCUUCACAACCCCUACCUUUUAAUUUGACCAAAUUUGAGUGGUAAAAGCAGUUUUACUAUUUUGGCAUAAACUACUGACUGACCAUUUAAAUUAUGAAUUUCACAUAUAAAAUGUAAAUAAUAUAGAUUUGUAUUUUUGUGUUUAGUAUGGUAUCCUGAGCACAGUAAAAGAAUGAUUCUUUUUUUUUUUU